AUAAAAAGGGGUGCAUAAUUUGAUCGUAUAAGAAAAUAGCACGUGAUCGUAUAAGAACGUUGAUGUCCAAAAACAAGUUUUGUAAAGAUUUUUUAUUCUCCUUUUCAAUUAAAUUAUUGAGAAUGGAAGAUCGUGGACAAAGCAAACGGGAAUUCAAACACCCAAGGUCCCCGCGGCCUCAAAAAAAAGCGAAGAGUGAUGAGAAAAGUACAGGAAAAGAAGCGAUUGAAGCAGCUGUUUCAUUUUCAAAAUUUAUUCCAUUGAUUUCUGAAAUUGGAAAUGUUUUUAACGAAAUCCUCGACUUAGUAGAAGCUGCUGAACAUAAUAAACGAACUUGUGGAAUAUUAAGAGACCGAGUUAAUGUUGCAGAAUUAGCUGUACGAGAACUUAGAGUUCGAAAUAAAGACAAAAAAGAUUUUUUUAAUAGUAAAAAUUAUAAAUCUUUGCAAAAUUUAGUUAUUAUUAUAGCUCGAAUUAAAAAAUUUAUAUCAGAUAUUUCUCAAAUGAAACCUUUGAUAAAACAUAUUAAGGCGAAAAACAUUGAGAAAACUUUUGUGGAAUUAUGUGAAGAAUUUGAUGGUUAUGUUAAAGUAUUAUGUUUUUCUAUUCACCUUACGACUGCUGAUGAACUUGAACAAUUAAGAGCCGAUCAAAAUGAUUUAGCUGAUUAUCUAAAAGAAAUGGUGGAUGGUAUGAAUGAAAUGAAAUCUGACGCAAAUAGUAUGAUGCUCGACGUAAAUGAUAUGAGAGAUGACAUGAAUGAAAUAAGAGAUGAUAUGGGAAGUAAUGCAAAAGAGAUCAAAGAACUUCUCAAAAACUUAAGCGAUCAGUUUUCCUCAACAGUUGUAAAAGUUAAUACAAUGAAUACUACAAUGGAAAAAUUUAUGAAUGAAAAUUUACAAAAUCAAACAAAAAUUGAUAAUAUCUUUCGGACACAUUCACUAAAUUUUUGUAAUUAUGAAGCGGAUAAUAAUGAGAAACCACGUAAAAAUGGACGUGUAACUAAAUGGUAUAAUAUAAUAAAUAAAAGUGAAGAAUUCGCUUUUAAAACUAUUUCUGAGAAAGAGGACCAAAGGAUUGUACAAAAUCAUGUUACAAUUCUUAAAGAACUUCAUGAUUGGCAAAACAUCAUAAAAUUUUAUGGACUUACUUGUGAGGGAAAUAAAUGGUAUUUGGUGACUGAAUGGGCCGAAUUUGGUAAUUUACGUGAAUUUUAUACAAAUCAUAAAGAUCGAUUCAAUCUUGAAUUAAAAUUACGUAUUUCUUUUAAUAUUGCUCGCGGAUUAAAUUUUUUAAGAGCUGUUGAGAUUGUUCAUCGUGAUAUUAGAGCCGAGAAUAUAUUAAUUACAAUUGAUGAGACGGCAAAACUUGCAAAUUUUAAAUUAAGUCGUUACUUAACUUCAGCUACAUUAAAUCAAAGCCAAACUUUAAAACGAGUUCGUUAUUGUGCACCUGAAUUGUUAGAGAGGGCCCCAAAUUACAAAUAUGAUCAAAAAUGUGAGGUUUAUAGUUUUGGAAUAUUACUUUGGGAAAUUGCUGAAGAAAGAAUUCCAUAUGAAGGUAAUGAAGAUAUUGUGGAUAUAAUUGAUAGGGUACGUAAUAAAAGGUAUAGAGAACCAUUUUCUGGAAAUAGUCAAAUGCCAAAGAAAUUCAAACAAUUAGAAAUUGAUGCCGUUCGUCAUGACCCAGAUUUUAGACCAAAAAUUACAGAUAUGUUUGAUAUUCUUAAAAAUUGUUAUAAAGAUCAUAUCAAAGGACAUCCGCAAGAUUCAUCAAGUUCUAGUAUUUCAAACCCAAGCAGAAACAACUCCAUGCAAGAGCUUCCCCCAGAACGCAUUGACGAAAUCGAUUUACUUGAAUCAUUUAAAUACAUGACACUUACCGAUGCAUCAAAACAACACAAGAUAAUUAAUAAAGAAGGAUAUGUUGAUUGCCCUAAUAAAGAUAAAAUUGUUGCUGAAUUAUUUAAAGAAGUUGCUGAUGAUGAAGCAAAUGAAUUCCCUGAAGCAAAAGUAAGAUAUGGUGAUUGUUUGUACAAUGGCAAAGGUGUUAAACAGAAUCAUUCGGAAGCUCUUAAAUAUUUUGAAAAAGCUGCUGAAGAUGGUAUCAAAAUAGCAAUGUAUAACGCUGGAAAUAUGUAUUAUAAUGGUAAUGGUUGUACAAGAGACAUAGAAAAAGCUAAAUAUUAUAUGAACUUGUCCGCUUAUAAUGGUCAUGAACUUGCCAUUGAAUUUCUGGAUAAAUUUAACUAAUAAAAUUUUCUUUUUAUUAUAAAAAAAAAAAAAUAUUCAUUUAAAAAAAAAUUAUUCAUUCAAAAAAAAAAUUUUUUUUUACUCUAUUAUUUGUUAGAUAUUUUCAUUUUCAUUUAACUAUUAGAUUAUUUUAUUAGGACACUUUUUACUUUUAUUAUUUUUUUUUUUUUUUAUCAAUAAAUACGAGUUUUAGGAUUAUUUUUAACUAUUCAAAUCUAGUCAGUCUUAACCGGAUAUAACGAAGUCUGUUUCAGAGAGUUUGGUAUAUAGUAUAAGUGAUAU